CCUUCUCUCUCUCCACUCUCAUCUGAAAUGACCACUCUAUCCCAUCCACUCGCUAUCAAAUUCCCACUCAACUCACCCGCUUCCGCUCACUCCUCUACCCACAGAUCCCUUACACUAUGCAAGAAACGCGAAAACGACACCGCUUUCGAGGAGCACAGAUCCACCUUCGUCGACUACGACGGCGGCCACCAUGAGGUUUCCACUCGCUUGAGUGGACUCGGGAAGGCCGAUAUACCUAAACGCUACCGUUUGCGUGUAGAAGGCAACCGCUUCCAGAAGGACUGGACCAUAUCCGAGGUGGUCGACCGGGUUCUGGAGCUCAAUCAUUGGGAAAAUGUCGAACCGGUACUGAAUCGCUGGGUUGGUCGUUUUGCGAGGAAGAAUUUCCCUUUCCUCAUCAAGGAAUUGACUCAAAGGGGUGCAAUUGAACAUAGUAUAAAAGUAUUUGAGUGGAUGAAGAAUCAGAAGAACUACUGUGCACGAACUGAUAUCUACAAUAUGAUGAUCAGAUUACAUGCUAGACAUAAACGGACAGAUCAAGCAAGGGGUUUGUUCUUUGAAAUGCAAAAGUGGAGGUGCAAACCUGAUGUUGAGACAUACAAUGCUCUUAUCCAUGCACAUGGUCAAGCCGGUCAAUGGCGUUGGGCUAUGAAUAUCAUGGAAGACAUGCUUAGUGCAGCUAUCCCUCCAAGUCGAUCAACUUAUAACAACUUGAUAAAUGCUUGUGGAUCUAGUGGAAACUGGAGAGAGGCGCUGAAGGUUUGCAAGAAAAUGACAGAAAAUGGAGUUGGGCCAGAUCUGGUGACACACAACAUUGUAUUGUCUGCAUAUAAGAGUGGGGCCCAGUAUUCAAAAGCUUUGUCUUAUUUUGAACUGAUGAAAGGGACACAUAUUCGCCCUGACACAACUACCCUCAAUAUUGUGAUAAAUUGCCUGGUGAAGCUUGGACAAUAUGAAAAGGCUAUUGAUAUCUUUAAUUCCAUGAGAGAGGAAAGAGCAGAUUGCCGCCCAGACAUUGUUACAUUCACCAGCAUCAUUCACCUGUACUCUGUUAGUGGACAGAUUGAAAAUUGUAAGGCUGUGUUCAAUACAAUGCUUGCAGAAGGUAUAAGACCCAAUAUUGUUUCAUAUAACACACUAAUGGCUGCAUAUGCUUCACAUGGAAUGAGUAGAGAAGCAGUUGCUGUUUUUGACCGGAUAAAACAAAAUGGUUUCUGUCCAGAUGUUGUUUCUUAUACUUCUUUACUUAAUGCUUAUGGAAGAUCACAAUUACCUGAAAAGGCUAGGGAAGUCUUUGAUAUGAUGAAGAGAGGGAAUUGCAAACCUAAUCUUGUAAGUUAUAAUGCAUUGAUUGAUGCCUAUGGAUCCAAUGGUUUAUUAGCUGAGGCUGUGGAAGUCUUGCGUCAAAUGGAGCAAGAUGGGAUUGAGCCAAACAUUGUCUCAAUUUGUACCCUUUUAGCUUCCUGUGGACGCUGUGGGCAAAAAGUUAAUAUUGAUACUGUGCUGUCAGCAGCAGAGUUCCGAGGUAUCAAACUGAAUACAGUUGCCUACAAUUCAGCAAUUGGAAGUUAUAUGAAUGUCGGAGAGUUUGAGAAGGCUUUAGCUUUGUACAAAUCCAUGAGGAAAAGGAAAGUCAUAGCAGAUUCUGUUACUUAUACAGUAUUGAUAAGUGGUUGCUGUAAACAGUCCAAAUAUAGUGAGGCACUUGGGUUUCUUGAUGACAUGGUUGGUUUGAAAAUUCCCUUAACCAAGGAGGUCUACUCUUCUCUUAUUUGUGUCCAUAGUAAACAGGGCCAAGUUGCUGAAGCUGAAUCAAUGUUCAACAUGAUGAAGGUUGCUGGUUGUAGUCCCGAUGUUGUUGCAUAUACUGCAAUGCUUCAUGCUUACAAUGCUGCAGAAAAUUGGGCAAAGGCUUCUGCACUUUUUCCUGAGAUGGAAGAAAAUAAUAUCCAACCAGAUUCUAUAUCAUGUUCAGCUUUAAUGCGAGCUUUUAACAAAGGAGGACAACCGACCAAGGUUCUUGUUUUAGGAGAGUAUAUGACAGAGAAAACAAUUCCUUUAAACGAUGCUGUUUUAUUUGAAAUGGUAUCAGCUUGUAGCAUUUUACAAGAUUGGAAGACCACACUUGACCUGAUCAAACUAAUGGAGCCUUGGUUCCCUUCGGUUUCCAUUGGGCUUUUGCAUCAACUUCUUCAUCUGCUUGGGAGGAGUGGAAAAAUUGAAUCUAUGAUGAAGCUGUUUUACAAGAUAAUAUCGUCAGGUGUUCCAGUCAACUUUAGUACAUACUCAAUCUUGCUGAAAAAUCUAUUGGCGGCUGGAAAUUGGCGGAAAUAUAUUGAGGUUCUUCAGUGGAUGGAGGAUGCCGGAAUUCAACCUUCGAGAGGGAUGUUUGUUGAUAUCGUCUCCUUUUCACAGAAAGGGUGUGGGGCUGAAUAUGCAGAUAAAAUACAAGAAAGACUAGGUAAUCUGAAAUUCUUCCGCGCUUGUGAAGCAUUACUUUAGUCUGUUUUUACAACAAUUUGAUUCUAAGAAUAGUAUUUGUAGAUUGGAGUCGUGUAAAUAUCUACCGCUAAUUAUUGUUAAUUUUUGUAUUUAGGGUUUAGAUGUAGUCUAAGUCUGAUCUCAUUAAAGUCUAGAUAGGCUUAUCUCAGUAGUUUAGAUGUUCUUAGAAUGAAAUGAUUGUUGGUAGAUGAGAUG